AUGACUGAGAACACAAGCACGAGUCCUCCGCAGGGCUCUCGGAGCACACCUCACAUCCGGCUCAACUCUGGCCGCCAGGAUCCCUUUGUCGACAUGGAUGAUGGGGGCAGUAGCCAGAGAUCACAGUCGCCCGCGACUCGAACACUGACUCCCGGUCCACAAUCGCCGGGCCUGCCACCAGGCACCGCCGUCAGCUCUCCGCACUACGCUUCGAACGCCGGAUCGUCCGAACUCCUGAUUCCUCCGCCACGACACUACCGUUCCCGAGACGAGAGCGAGCCCCCUCGCUCCCCGUCGCAGUCGGUCUACUCAUCGAGGCGAACCAGCUGGGACUCGGAAGCAGGAAGCAGAGACAGCCGCGCGUAUCCUUACGACCCCUUCUCUGAUUCCAGAGCUCCGUCGAUGGUCGGGAGCGACGAUGACAAUGUCAAUACGCAGACGGUGUCAGAGAAGUACAACAUUACGCCCUCGGAAGGUCUAUUACUAUUCCCCGAGGAUGUGGAAAAGGACGACUAUCUCCACAAUCCAGACCCAAACGACAAAGACCGGGACUGCGAUAUAUGCAAUACGAGAGGCCUGGUCAACGUCGGCGGCCUUGCUCUCUUGACGCUUGGUAUACUGGCGCUCUUUAUCGCCUACCCUGUCGUGACGUUCGUGCGCAAACUCACUGAGCCGACCUAUGGGUUAUGUGAAGGAGACCCCAUGUGUCUGGAUGUUGGGAAUGUUCCGUUGCUCAAGAACAUUCGCUCCAGUCUCAUUGAUCCCGAUACACCGGACUCGGCGAAGACAAUCAAGGCCGCUAAUGGAAAAGAGUGGCAGUUGGUGUUUUCGGACGAGUUCAACACGGACGGGCGGACUUUUUACGAUGGCGACGAUCCCUACUUUCAGGGCGUGGACCUUUGGUACGGUGUGACGCAAGACCUAGAGUGGUACGAUCCCGAUGCGAUUACGACGAAGGAUGGAGUCCUGGAGAUUCAAUUCCAUGCGUUUCAAAACCACAAUCUGAACUAUCGAUCCGGCAUGUUGCAAAGCUGGAACAAGCUGUGCUUCAAGGGCGGUCGUCUGGAGGCCAGUAUAUCCCUUCCCGGACGUGGUGACACGUCUGGUUUCUGGCCUGGUUUUUGGGCUAUGGGCAACCUGGGCCGUCCUGGCUAUGCGGCGACCACCGACGGAUUGUGGCCGUAUAGCUAUGACGAUGUGUGCGAUGCUGGCAUCACCGCCAACCAGAGCUCCACGGAUGGGAUCAGCUACCUUCCUGGCAUGCGUCUGCCGGCCUGUACCUGUCCAGGCGCUGAUCACCCUACUCCUGGCAAAUCGCGGUCUGCUCCCGAAAUCGACGUGAUCGAGGCCAGUGUCACGGUCUUGAACGAGGAGAAAGGAUAUCGCAUUGGAGAUGUGUCCCAGAGUUUGCAGAUCGCCCCGUUCGACAUCUGGUACAUGCCCGAUUAUGACUUCACCGCCGUCUAUGAUCCGAGGAUCUCCCAGAUCAACACGUACCGAGGAGGUCCUUACCAACAAGUUGCGUCUGGCCUAACCAACCUGAACAAUGAGUGGUAUGACGGCAAGGCGUAUCAAGUGUAUGCCUUUGAAUACACACCAGGAGCGGAGGGUGAUGUGACUUGGUUUGUCGGUUCCGACAAGACGUGGACGAUCGACGGGCGCGCGAUUGGACCAAAUGGCAAUGUCGGCCAGCGUUUGAUUCCUGUGGAACCCAUGGCGAUCAUUGUCAACUUUGGUAUCUCCAACAGUUUCUCUGCCAUCAACUGGACCGGGCUUGCGGAUCUCAUCCCGGCUACGAUGCGCGUGGAUUACAUCCGGAUCUAUCAGGAUCCCGACAACGUCACCGUCACCUGCGACCCUGAAGGCUACGAAACGACGGAAUAUAUCAGAAAGCAUCCGGAGCCGUAUAACAAUGUCAAUUUGACUUCAUGGUCUCAAGCCUAUGAGUGGCCGAAAAACUCUUUUGUUCAUGGAUGUUGA